AGAGGAAUGAAGCCUGCCAGCCUCCAGCUGGCAGAAAGAGCUCAUAUCAUUGCUCUCUUUCACAAGUAUGUGAGCCCCAAGCAUCAGCGUGAAUACCGGGACAAUCGCAGGGGUAAAAUAUUAAUGAAGAUGAGACGAAAACUCGAGAAGAAAUCAAGUGAAGAAGAUUGGCAGAAGCUUGUAAUGGAGUCAAAGACCAGUUCUCUCUUGUCUUCAACAAAUGUAGUUUUGGGAGACGCUGCUGCAAGAGAGAGACUGAAGCCGCCUCCUUCUUGCAUUAAUUCUGACCGCAAGAAAAUCGCCUUAGGCACUGCAACUAAAUCUUCAUGCUCAGAUCUUGAUUCUAUUGUCAUUAAACGAAGGAGUUCAGAGAAUAGUGAGUUAUCUCCAAGUAAUAAAGUGCAAAGAUUGUCAGAAGAGGAAGAAUCUCAACUAAAGAGAAAAGAGACUGAAAUACCACAGAAACAGCUAAAAAAAAUGAAACUUUUAAAUGGUCAAGAAAAAUCAACUUCAGACAAUGUAUCUUCUAAGGAUGAAAAGAAGUUAAAGUCAGAAAGAAAACUCAUCAGUUGGCCCUAGAAAACCGAAUAAUUACAGUUAUAAAAGGGUAAAAAUCUAAAAUUUGCCAUUAUUUUUUUUUUUCAUUCGUUGUAAGUGUAUAUAUUGAAGGUAGGAAGACUCGGCUUGUUAGGGCCUUGAUAUGCAAGAAUGACCAUCUCUCUGUAUUUUGUAGCCAGCAAGAACCCUUCAGCCCAGCUCUUCCAUGGGUCUGUCUAAUUGAGUUAGAGUACUACAAAUUGGCAAUAAACUGUUUACUAUUAUAUAGCUUUAGAUAAUGUCUUACUUUAGGGGUUAAUACAGUUAUAACUUUUGAGAGUUACAAGCACCAUGAUAUGCUAAGCAUAAAGUAAUACAAAUGUUCUUUUAGUGAUAAUAUUAUUUGAAAAUUUAAAAUAAAUUUUAUAUUCUUGGUAGUAUUGUGUAUACUGUACUUGAGUAUAAUCUGACUGCUCAUUUAAGUUGAACCCCCUGACUUUCCUUCCCAGAAAAUCCUUAAUAUUUUGAGGGAUGAUAAAAGAGGUUAAAUAGUCUUGAUGCAAAAUAUGUUAUAACUAAAACUUGAGUAAAAGUACUGAAAUGUUAACAAGAGCACCAAAAACUCAGAAAUAGCCUUAACACUUUAUAACAUGAGAAUAAAGAAGCACUGCAGGAGACCUGCUUGUUCAUGCUAGAGAGGUCCUACUCACACCCAACUAUUACAGAAGAACAUAAGAAUAGAGAAGCACUACAGUAGGCCUUCUGGCCUAUGCCAGGCAAGUCAUACUCAUGUUCAACAGAUGUUUGUUUGGCAGAGAUUGUUAAAGAACUGUGGACUUAUUAUUUACAUUCUUUUGGUAUAGUUAUCCAUGUUUAGUAUGUGUUAGUGGUUGGUUGGCAGACAAGGAAUAUGGGAAGAAUGGAUUGUUGUGGAGGUAGGAGUAGGUUUGGAGGACAAGCUGGUGAUGCACUCUUUCUCCUGUACCCACAAAUACCUUCAACACACUUCCUUACUCUAUAAUAAACUGAACAAUAAUAUUUAUUUACUUUUGACAGAUUAAUAAUGACAAGCAUCAUGAUAUAUCAAGCCACAGUAAUAUAAAUGUUCUUUAGGUAAAGUUUAAUUUUUUUUUUUUUCAACAAGUUGGCCGUCUCCCACCGAGUUUAAAAUAUAGUGAUUAUAUUAUGUGAGGUUUCAAAAUAAAUGUUACAUACCUGAUAGUACUGUAUAUACUGUACUUGAGUAUAACCCGACAGCAAUGUGUAGGUUGACCCCCUGACUGUGCCAAAAAAAAAAAUCCUUAAUUUUUUGAAAAACUUUUUUUUAGAAGAGGUUAAAUCGUUCUGAAGGCACUCAAGGAAAUAUGUUAGCCAGAUUUGAGUCCUGGAAGUGGAAAAUACAGUUCCAGCACUCCAAAGGAGUAGUGGUUUGUUUGCAGUCGUGUCAUUACGAUUUCUUGAGUCGAGUAGUGGGGAGUUGCAGUUCGGAGGGCCAUCUAAACUGUGAUAUUGACAUGUUGCUGGCAAGACUGGUUGAAUGAGUGACUGAAGUGUUUCCUCUCUUUUUGCAGGGAAGGGAAGGCAUAGUAGGUGUGUUUAAAAAUUAUCUUGUGCAACUAUGCUUUGUAUUUUAUAAUGAACGAAGAGCGAGAGAAAAUACUGGUUAGCCUUGGAACUUGGAACAGCUGCCUAUUUAGCAACUUUACACUGAUUCUUUGUUGCACUGUAUAUAAAUUUCAAGGACACCAGUGAAGGGCUCUUGAUUAAAGAAUUGGAACUACCUUUCCUUGGAUCAAAUCUUAUUGCUUUCCAUUCUCUAAGGCACUGUAUUAUACCUACAGACUUGGGGGACAGAGGCUGCAGAUCUUGUACAGAGAGAAGGCUCUGUGAGUAAGCACAUUGCCUACCAUAUUGCCAGAGGCUAACAUCAACUGAAUAACCUCUGCAGCCAGUGCUCGCUUGGCAAAUCUGAGAGAGGCCUUUAGGAAUCUCAACAAACAGUCAUUCCAGGUGCUUUAUACAACUUAUGUCAGGCCCAUCUUGGAGUAUGCAGCACCAGUAUGGAACCCACACCUGAGGAAACAUGUUAAGAAACUGAAGAAAGUACAGAAGUAUGCAGCAAGACUAGUUUCAGAGCUAAAGGUAUGAGCUAUGAAAGAAGGCUAAAGGAAUUGAAUCUAAUAACCCUAGAGGACACAAGGACCGGGGAAGACAUGAUAACAUACAAAAUACUUUUUAGCUGGAAGCUAAAGACAGUGAUAGUCACACAGACAUCGGGAAGUAUUUCUUCAGUCUCAGGGUGGUCAGGAUGUGGAAUGACUGAUCUCAAUGAAGUGGUGGAGGCAGCUUUCAUACAUAGUUUUAAGAUUAGGUAUGAUAGGGUCUAUGAAGCUAGGAGAGAGUGAAUCUGGCAAGUAACAAGUUGAGAGGAAAUUCCAGGAGCUAGGACUUAACCCCUACAACCAUAUAGAGGUGAAUACAUGACAUCACCCCUACCUUCUAAAAUCCUCCUCAUCUCUGCAACUCUAUUUUCUGUCUUAGCCCUGACUAUCAAUAAUUACCAUUUUGUGUAGUCUUCCUACCAUAACAUCUUGUUAAUAUUCACUCUAAAUUUCUUGUUCUUUUAUUAAAUCCUAGGAUUUUAUCACAAAAUCUUUAAUGUUCUGUGACCUAUUUUACUUUAUUCAGUUUUCAUCACCUGACAUUUAUCUGUAUGAAAUUCCAUAAUUCAUUUUCUGCUCCAGUCUAUCAAAAUCUUUUAAGUUCUUUGCAUGAAAAAAUUAAUAUUUAUCAAUAUUCAUUAAUAGAAUACUCUCUUAGUUACUUGAGGGGGAUCCAUUUUGGUUGACUGCUGGAUUUAUUUUCUUAUGUAAAUUUCGUAUUGAGUAAUUUGCACAUAACCCCUUCAGGGUCCAAGGCCAAAAUCUGAAGUGGUGCUCCAGUGUCCAAGAAAUUUUGAAAAAAAGAGAAAUUAUUUUUUUCUUACAGAAUUAAAGAGUAUAUUUUUGUGAAGGUAAUAAGACAAAAUUUUUUUUUUUCUGAUCAGUACUUACCGAGAUACAGUGCCGAGAAGUUUACCCCAAAUGACAUGGUGGUGGCAACAGCGACGAUUUCCACAUACGCACAUUACUUUGUUUACCCUUUUUUUGUAGUUUUUUCUUUUCUUUUCUAAUUUUUUCUUUUCCUACUAACAUUUGGGGCCUGAGAGACCAAUACUGUAUAUAAUGUAUGUAUAUAAACUCACUGUAUUGAACACAAUAACCGCACUAAGGUUAUUAUCAUAUUAUUGUUUACCACUGUUGUUUAUUACAAUAAACAUGCACAAAUCUUGUAUAAUACUAAUGUUCUAUCAUAUAUUUACAUAUUUACAAUCACUGGACAUGGUUUUAGAACUGCUGGAGCUUGUGGAACUCCUUGAAACAAGGCACCAUGCACAGAGGUACCUUACAUUCCUCACACAUAAACCGAGUGUCUUUGCGUCUUUGUUGCCGUCGUUUUGU